AUGACCCAGUCCCCUAAGCGUUCUCACCCCAUUUCUGGUUCCUCUGGUCACAGCACAAAUUUCCAGCUGAAAGGGGAAUGGAGGACUUUAAAAGAAUAUUGGCAGAGAAACAGCCCUGGUGGUCCAGCAGGAGCGAAGAAGAACAGGAAAACAAAUGGCGGUGUCCCUGAGACAGCCACUUCUGGUGGUUGCCACUCACCUGCGGAUUCAGCAACGGGUAUCCUCGGGGACGGCCAUACAUCAUUUGCUCCCCUGAAGGAACUGGAGAGCCCGUGCCAAGAACUACCAGCAGCCCUGGACUCGAGGUCCGUCAAAAUCAGUCCACUGAAGAAGACCAUCAAAUCUUUGAAACAACAGAAGAAACAAGUGGAACAUCAGCUGAAAGAAGUAACGUGA